AUGUGUGGCAGCUACUACGGAAACUCCUGCGGGGGCUGCGGCUAUGGAGGCUGCGGCUAUGGAGGCUGCGGCUAUGGAGGCUGCGGCUAUGGAGGCUGCGGCUAUGGAGGCUGCGGCUAUGGAGGCUGCGGCUAUGGAGGCUGCGGCUAUGGAGGCUGCGGCUAUGGAGGCUGCGGCUAUGGAGGCUGCGGCUAUGGAGGCUGCGGCUAUGGAGGCUGCGGCUAUGGAGGCUGCGGCUAUGGAGGCUGCGGCUAUGGAGGCUGCGGCUAUGGAGGCUGCGGCUAUGGAGGCUGCGGCUAUGGAGGCUGCGGCUAUGGAGGCUGCGGCUAUGGAGGCUGCGGCUAUGGAGGCUGCGGCUAUGGAGGCUGCGGCUAUGGAGGCUGCGGCUAUGGAGGCUGCGGCUAUGGAGGCUGCGGCUAUGGAGGCUGCGGCUAUGGAGGCUGCGGCUAUGGAGGCUGCGGCUAUGGAGGCUGCGGCUAUGGAGGCUGCGGCUAUGGAGGCUGCGGCUAUGGAGGCUGCGGCUAUGGAGGCUGCGGCUAUGGAGGCUGCGGCUAUGGAGGCUGCGGCUAUGGAGGCUGCGGCUAUGGAGGCUGCGGCUAUGGAGGCUGCGGCUAUGGAGGCUGCGGCUAUGGAGGCUGCGGCUAUGGAGGCCUGGGCUGUGGCUAUGGCUCCAGCUAUGGCUGUGGCUUCCGCAGACUGGGCUGUGGCUACGGCUGUGGCUCUGGCUGUGGCUACGGCUGUGGCUCUGGCUGUGGCUACGGAUAUCGCUCCCACUCGCUCUGUGGCUAUGGAUGUGGCUCCGGCUACGGCUCUGGCUUUGGCUGCUACUAA